AUGAACGAUCAAGGCACUGAAGCUUCGACUACUAAUCAAGAAGAACAAAAUGUUCUUCCAACGCCGAAAGAAACACAGCAACCACAGCAAAUCAAUGUUGUUGAUGAUGCUGCACUUCAAGCUGUGCUCAGUUCAAUGAGUGAAACAGAGAUGAACGCAUUCCUGGAAGAAUUAAAUAAAACUGGCAAAGCUUUUCUACCUGCUAUCGGUCAAACCAUUGAACUAUUAACUGUGAAUGCACCAGCCGAACUGCCAACUACAACAACGACGGCUGCAGCAGCAAUAAAUCAACCAUCUGCGGAAAUACUUCUUCAAGAGCUUACAACACUUAUUCAACAACCACCAGCUGAUAUUGUACCACUGAAUAUCGGACAAAAACUAGCUGGACCAACAUCACGUACAGGAAAUACAGCAGUGAAAUCAACAAUCACAUCAAACAAUAAUGCGACGAUUCGUAAACCUAUGCAACAACAAAUGACAAAUGAUGAACGAAUGUUUUUUGGUCGACCUACAACUAUCGGACAAGGACAAUACCAUAAUCGAACUGGAUUGAUGCCCGGCAACAGACCACAACACCAGCAACAGCAACACCAACAGCAACAACAGAUUCAUCAUCAUCAACAACAACAACAACAGCAGCAGCAACAACAACAACAAGCUAUGUCAUCUCAACAGCGACGACCUAUAUCUUGGUUUCAGAAUCGUUCUCGACGACAUUCCUCUGAUGAUGAUGAUGAUUCUGAUCGAGAUUCAUCUCCACCUAUGAGCGGCAAUGAUAGUUUAGGACCAACACGUCGUUCAACGCGUGUACCUAAGCCAAAACAAGAUGCAGAUUUCGUAACAUUUCCACUUUUGGAUCGUGAUGAAAAUGGCAAUCCAAUUCCACCGACACCUUCGUCGAUGCCAUUGAACAAAGGUGAAGAUGAUGAAGACGAUAUUCCUUAUCGUUUAAUGGAUUAUCCACGUCCACAACAGCAGCAGAAUCAACAAAAUCAACAAUCGCAAUCAUCAACAGGUGGUCCAGGUCGAAAACCACGUUCAACAGCCGAAAUUCGUAGUUCAACAAAUCUGAAUAAGAAACAAGCCCGUUGGCCAGAUGAUGAAAUGUAUCAUGUCAAAUCAUUCGUACCGCUCAUUAUGCCGCAACAAGUAAUUAAUCCAUCAACAAUGAAAAACAAGAUGACACUCUGUAAACCAUUAGUAUCUGAACGUGAGGUAGAAGCGAAACCAACGCGAUUUACAAUUGCUACCCAAACAGAAAUGGAACAUAUGAUACCAGAUGUACCUCUAGUUACUCUACCUGUACCAAUUUAUCUUCCAUCACCAACACCGAGCUAUCGCCUAUUCAAACCAAAAGCGGUACCUAUACCGGUACCAUUCUUUGUUCCCAUUAUGAUACCUGUACAACGUAAAACUUUCAAAAACAUUCGUGAUUAUCUUCAAACUCAACGUGAUCUUUUACCGGAUGAUCCAUUCGAAGCUGCGCUUGUUAUGCACGCAGAAAGUCUAGUUCGUGCAGAAAAUCAGCCACAACAGACGAUAACAACCAACGGAAAUGACUCAGUUAUGAUGAUGGAUUUAGCACGUGAUGAUUCGUACAUAACACCCUCGCAAACAAUAGAGAAUCUGCCAGAACUUGAUUUGGAAGCGCAUUAUAUUGAUCCAAUCACUUCAAAUGAUCCCGAAGUUCAAAAACUUCUUCGAAUGUUACCCGACGCUGGAUACCGCCUGAAAUGGACAUAUGGUGUUGAAGCAUUCCAACAAUGGAGCACCCAACGUAAUCGGCCGUUUCUUUCAGCUCCACCUGACGAGGCAGAAUUAGCCAAACAAUACUUAGUUAAAUCUGAUCUGCUUUCAUACGUCAAUGGUGAUGAAUUACAGCACGUUAUGGAUGCAUUCGUACAUGAGGUUCGACGGCCAUCGGGAGAGCCAUAUUUACCAGAGAGCAUCUAUUACCUUUGUUUGGGCGUUCAAUUUUAUUUGAAUAUCAACAAUCGCCAAAUUGAUCUGUUCGAUCCACGUUACAUCGAAUUCAAUUCAACUUUGAAUAAAAUCCUUCAAUCUUAUACACCACGCGUAUUAGCUGAUUCUAAUACCUAUGUAUCAUUGAUUGAUGAAGACCUACUAUACGAUGUUCAUCAAUUAGGUACUCUAACGCCAUGGUCAUUAUUAACAACAUUACUCUAUACAAAUUCGAAAUAUUUUAAUCUGAAAACGGUGGAAUCACAUAUGGCUAUUUCGUUUGCAAAUUUCGGUAAAUACUCACAAUGGGUACGUUUGGCACCGAAUUCUCCACAAGGACAACAGAUGAGUUAUCUACGCUUCUAUGCACACAACCCAGAUUUAAAAUCAUUAGUAAAUUCACCUACCGUCUAUGAAAUAACGGAACAAGUCAAUGAUCCUGUUCGAUGUCCGAUCAAACAAUAUGAUUUCUAUAUCUCGAAGUGUCCAGAACAAAUUCGUGGUACGGCUGAUGUUUUCUAUCUGCGUCCUGUACUUGAGCAAAUACAAGAAAAUUCAGUUUGGUAUUCAAAUGAAUCACUGGCACCAACAAUUAUUGAUCAAAUCCUCAACAGACUCAAACUAGUACCAGAUUUUUACAAUCAAACCAAACCCGUGGAGACAAACUCCACUUCACUAAAUGGAAAUAACUCAUUUAUCUCCUCAUCAUCGUCAACAACCAUUGCAACACCACCACCACCACCAGCAACAUCAAACCCAAAUAAUUAA